GAAACUCAUCAGUGUUCAGCAACUAGUGUUCAGCGUCAGUCCGGCUCUCAUAUUGUUUUCCCCAGCGCGUAACCUAAUAAUCAGCUGUAAAGAUGGAGCGAAUGGAACUGAAGAAAGUGAGCGCAGAGAUGGAGGAUGAGAGCAGUGUGGACGACAGCUACAGAGAGAACAUGGACUCUGAAAAGGCCACAAUCAACAGCCAAUUUCUGGAUGAAGAUGAUGCAGAGAGUCAGAAGUUUCUCACCAACGGGUUGAUGAAGAAGAAGAAAUAUGAGGAAUAUAAUGAAGAAUAUCACCCGGGUCAUGCUUCCUUUGGCAUGUCGGUCUUUAACCUCAGUAACGCCAUCAUGGGCAGUGGGAUUCUGGGUCUGUCCUUCGCCAUGGCCAACACUGGCAUCAUCCUGUUCAUAAUCCUCCUGCUGGGAGUCGCUAUCCUCUCACUAUAUUCCGUUCAUCUGUUAUUAGUGACGGCCAAAGAAGGAGGCUCGCUGAUCUAUGAGACGCUUGGAGAAAGAGCGUUUGGAUGGCCUGGAAAAAUGGCAGCUUUUGGGUCUAUAACUCUGCAGAACAUAGGAGCCAUGUCCAGCUACCUGUUCAUUGUCAAAUACGAGCUGCCGGAGGUGAUUCGAGCUUUCCUCGGACUGGAGGAGAGUUCUGGUGAAUGGUAUCUGGAUGGGAAUUACGUGGUGGUGCUGGUGUCCAUCGGCAUCAUUUUACCGCUGUCUCUGCUGAAAAACCUGGGGUAUCUGGGCUACACCAGCGGCUUCUCUCUCUCCUGUAUGGUCUUCUUCCUGGGAGUGCUGAUCUACAAGAAGACGAUUCUGCCGUGUCCUCUUCCAUUCUUCUUCGAGCACGGCUCAAACGUUAGCAUAAAUGGAUCGGAUGCGAUAGCUCUGUAUGGUCUGCACAAUGCCUCGGCUCUGGCGUACAUGUCAGAAACGGCUGCGAAUGCUGUGGAUCCACACACACCUCUCCAUGACUCGGUGCAGUUCAGCGCUCACCCGGAGGACCACCAGGACAUGUGCACACCCAAAUACUUCAUCUUCAACUCACAGACUGUUUACACUGUUCCCAUCCUCGCCUUCGCAUUUGUGUGUCAUCCUGAAGUUUUGCCCAUCUACAGUGAACUGAAGAAUCGCUCUCGUCGGAGGAUGCAGUCCGUCUCAAACCUCUCCAUCUUGGCUAUGCUGGUUAUGUACCUGCUGUCUGCUCUCUUCGGUUAUCUGACGUUUUAUGAUCAUGUGGAGGCUGAGCUUCUGCACACUUUCACCAAGGUCUACAAGUUCGACACGAUGCUGCUGAUGGUGCGACUGGCAGUGCUGACGGCAGUGACGCUCACCGUACCCAUCGUACUCUUCCCCAUCCGCUCGUCAGUCAUCACGCUGUGUUUCGCAGGGAAAGAGUUCAGCUGGAUUCGACACUUCCUCAUCGCCGCUGCUAUUCUGGCCUUCAAUAACCUGCUGGUGAUCUUCGUUCCCACCAUCAGAGACAUCUUCGGCUUCAUCGGUUCAUCUGCAGCCACAAUGCUCAUCUUUAUCCUACCAGCGGCCUUCUACCUGCGGCUGGUUAAGAGUUUACCAUUGAAGUCUCCCCAGAAAAUAUCUGCACUGAUUUUCCUGGUGGUGGGGAUCUUCUUCAUGAUCGGCAGUUUGUCUCUGAUCGUCUUGGACUGGAUCCACAAUCCUCCAGGCUCUAAAGGUGCUCAUUAAAAACUGUUCAGUCUUCAUCCCAGGGAUCAUCUCUCCUCCUGGACCCUGAACGUCCGUCUCUCUCUCCCUCUCAAUGCUCUAAUGUGUGUUUUCCAGCCUCAGAUAGUGUUCAUGUGGAAGAUGGAGAUGUUUGGUGGAGAGAUAUUUACUGUAUAUAUAAAGAGAGUGAGAGAGAGCUGGGCAGCAGGGUUCAUCAAAUAAGCACUUCUGGAUACCAACAAACACUUUUCAUAAUCAUGUCUGACUUCAUUAGCUGACUCUAGCAGUCAUGGGUAGUUAGUUUAUUGUUAUUCUGAAACCAAUAGUUCACUCAAAGAUGAUAUUUCCAUCAUUUUUUUUCCAAACCUGUUAAAAGCUGACAAAAAACUGCUGUUGAUCAUGUAAAAAUGAUUAUAUUCAUUAUUUGAGUGAACUAUUAGCUUCGUUAUUAAUAAUAUUUCCUCUAUGAGAGUGGGAAAAGGUCCAAUUAUCAUUUUUUUGUACCAAAAUGAAGAAGUUGUGUGUACAGGAGGUCCACAUAAGCUUUGAUUUUCCUCUCAGACACACACACACACACACAAUACUGCAUGACCACACUGACUGACUGACCGCUGCUCUUCAUUAAGCGGAUUUAAAGUCAGUUUGUCUCUUGAUCUCCACACGUGCUUUUUUUCCAUUUCGACAAUCGCGGUGGACUUUUAAAAGAAGUUACUGUUCUGUGCCACACUGAAUGGACUGCGGUGCUGUUUCUGAUCAGUUACAGUGAAGUCAUCAAACCACAUCUGCUUUUUGCUUUAUUAUAUUUGUGCCUUUGCCAUCUUUCUGUGCUGUAUCUGACUACUCAGCGAACAGGAAACGUUCUUCAGACGUUCCUCCAGUACUAGAUUUUCUUGAGCUCGUUUUCAAAGUGUGACUUUAUUUAUACAUCAUUUAUGGAAUGUUCUAUUUCUGAGACAUUCCGUUGGACGUUCAUGGAAUGCUUUUUAAAUGUUACUCAUUUUUGGAAUGCUUGUUCCAAAUAUGGAAUGUUAAUUCUUUUUGAAAAACCUGACCUGAACGUUCAGAGGACAAUCAGAAAAGACGUUCUCAUAACUAAAUGGGAACAUCAGUGAAACGUAUUCCUGUUCACUUGCCUUGCUGGAGAAAAACAAUGACGUUUACAGAAGUGAGACGGUCAGCUCCGUCUCCUGAAACAGGUUUCCGUGUGCAAGCGGUCCAGCCAAAGUGGACGAUAUUUAAAGAUCCUUUAGUGAUCUAGUUACUCAUAAUGCGAAUGAAUAUUUCAAAUGAAAUGGUAUGAUAUUUUUGCAUGUUUAAAAUCACAAACAUGGUCUUUUUGGACAUUGUAUAUGGUUUGUAAAUAGGUUUAUUUUUUGGGGUCAUUGAUGGCCGCUGGAUGGGACUAUGCGUUCGCCAGUAGAGUUUUAGUAUUAUAUUUUAGAUAUUGUGCCAUCAUGCCUUCGUUUUCUUUUGUAAAUUUGUAGAGAAGCCAUUGUAUUUCUAUUAUUCUUCCGUUACGCUGAACUGAAAGCUGGAGUUGUGUUGGGUUUAUUGUGUUACUUGAUUAGUUAGCAGCUCAACUGGUACAGAGAGACUCGCAGAUGAACGUGUGCUCACUUUUAAUCUGUGUUUAAAAACAAGUGUUUGUCUUCCACUGUUUACCUCCGUAAACCACGUGUCAGACGUGUUCAUAAGUGCAUUUAUAUGUAUUCAAAAGUCGACAUGAAAUCAGAACUGACCCUGUGUACCUUCUUGGUAAUGCCUGAAUGUGUUAAUGCAUUACAUAGCACUGAACAACACAUUUCAUUCAGUAUUUAUCUGUCUCUUGCUAAUAAUAGUUCAUAAAAAUGCAUAUUUGUAUUUAAAGGGACAGUUCACCCAUUUACUUACAUCCUAAGUGGUUGUAAACUGUCAUGAGUUUCUUUCGUCUGUUGAACACAAAACAAGAUAUUUUGAAGAAUGUUGGGAAAAAAGCAGCCAUUAGCUAUGUUUCCAUUCAAAGAUGUGUGCGUAAAGCUGAAACAUUGCAUAAAACACUUGUGAAUAACGCAGAGUUUUCAUACAAUGAAUCAAAAGAGAACUAAAUCAUCACUUGCUGAUAAACUGGCGCCAAAUAUCAAAUAGAAAUAUGUAGUUUGCAGUCUUUCGUAGAAGAUGUAAUGCAAUGAACGUGCUGUGCCUUUUCUAGGACUAUCAGAUAAAAAGUUUGUCCUACUCAGUUUUUUAUGUGCAUUUAUAAAAUGUAUACACGUUGUGGUAUUUCCAUCCAUUAUUUUAUAAUAUGAUAGUCUAAAACGCACAUACAAAUGGAUACAUCUAUUGACAUCUAUAAUAGAAACACAAAAUACAACGGAAAUCAAUUGCUGAUUUGUUCAACAGAAGAAUGAAGCUCAAACUGAGUAAGUGAAGCAUGACUGAAUUUUAAUUUGUGUGUGAACUGCCCCUUUAAAUGAUGUAUUAGUGAAAUGUAUUAACUAUUUACUUAUUUUAACCAAUGAAAGGUCUACCAGUUUCUUAAUAAACAUUCCAAAGAAACAUCAACUCAUAAUUGUCACCAUAAUGUGAAUAUUCUUCAAUAUUCUGAAGUUCAAAUGGGUUGUGAAUGUGUUUUCAUGUGGACUUAAAGUGUGUUUACAUGCUGAACAUGUACGUCAGUACACCGGCUUGUCUUACUGUCGCUUCCUUCAGGGAAAAUCUGCAGGAAUUGUGACGAUCAACUCUGUUUUGAAUGUAUGAACAGUUUACAUGUAUUUGGAAAUGUGAAAUGAACUCUCAGUAUUGCUAAGAGCAUAGAGGAGCAGUCGCUCACAAAUCUACCAGCAUAACCUGAAAACACUGACAGCCAGUUAGCUGCGGCCUCCUGCGCCUCGACCAAUCACGAGCUGCGGAUCUGCCACGUCACUGGGGGAUUUUUGUAUCAAUAAAGCUGUAUGCAUAUUAUGUAACAUGAAAAAUAAAGAAACGUGAAACGA